UUUCCACCAAACCAUGGCCAUAAGAGAAAUGGGAAAAUGACCCCCACGUCCUACAGGAUUUCCAAGCAGCCUCCUGAUUCAGCAACAUGCAUACAGAGUAACCAAUCAUUGACUUCCACGUGGAUUCUCAACCCCCCAAAGCCAAUCCAUGAUCCUCUCUGUCCAUUCAUUUCAGGGGCUGGUGCUUUCACGAAACAAGGCCUCUUUUUUCAAGCAAAAAUCCCCAGAGACAGAGAGAGAAAGACUUUCAGAAGAAAAACUGAGAUGGAGGCCACAGCUGUUUAUAGCAGCAAAGGAAGUCCAUUUGUCUGUUCCUCCGGGAUAGCAAAGCCCAAACCACAAAAUUCUGCUACUUCCUCACCCUUUCGCAUUCAAUCCAUGGCAACACAGAAACCCUUGCCUUCUGUUGCCAAAACCGUUGGCCCUAGAAAGAGCUCGAACUCAACCGUUUUCCCGCUUGGCGAGCCAGGGCCACGGAACAGCCCUGUGGCCGCACCACCAGUGAAGCUAUUGACAAAUGUGGAGAAACUGAAACUCCUAACCAAAGCUGAGAAAGCCGGCCUGCUAUCAGCGGCCGAGAAGUUUGGGCUAUCUCUAUCUUCGAUAGAGAAACUAGGUCUCCUCUCCAAGGCGGAGGAGUUUGGAGUGUUGUCGGCAGCAACAGACCCUGGAACUCCAGGGGCACUCUUGACCCUCAGCUUGGGGUUACUGCUUUUGGGUCCUUCAUGUGUUUACCUUGUGCCUGAGGAUAACCUUGGGGAAGUGGUGUUGCAGGUUGUGGUGGCUCUAGUCUGUGUAGCCGGUGGAUCAGCAGCUUUUGCUGCAUGGAACCUUGUAUCUAACUUGCAGAAAUCAAACUAAAUUUGGUAUCCAACUUGCAGACAUAACCGAAACUCCCCAGUAAAAGUAAUGGUUUAUAGUAUUAUCUUUGA